AUAUAGUUAUUUUUGGAAAAGAAAUCUGGAAUUGAUUUAAAAUAAAUAAAUUAAACAGCACAUCAGAUUUAGCAAAGAAGCGGAGAAAAAGAUCUGAAUCGUCGUCAAAAAACAAAAAGAAGGAAAAAAAGAAAACCCUAACGUUCGUUCGUUCACAGAUCUCGAGAGAUGAAAGGUGGUGAAACCAAGGCUCAAGCGAAGAGCACCGACGAGAGAUUGAAAACGAGAGGGAAGAAAGCGGGGAAGAAAGUGAAGGAUCCAAACAAGCCAAAGAGGCCACCAAGUGCUUUCUUCGUCUUCCUGGAGGGAUUCCGGAAGGAGUUCAAUGUAGCUAACCCUAACAACAAAUCCGUCGGAGCUGUUGGUAAAGCUGCUGGAGCCAAAUGGAAAUCCAUGACUGCUGAUGAUAAAGCUCCUUAUGUAGAAAAGGCUGAGACCAAAAAGACUGAAUACGCCAAGACUAUGCAAAAAUACAACAUGAAAUUGGCUAAUGGAACGAGUACAGCUGGAGAUGAUGACUCUGACAAGUCCAAGUCUGAAGUCAACGAUGAGAAUGAUGCUGCUAGUGAUGAGGAGGAAGAUGAUGAUUAAGAGAUGGAUCAGCAGCUGUUUGUUUAAUGGAGUAUCUUCUCUUCUUAUGUGUUAGCUCUACUAGUGUUAGGGAGAAGAAUAGUUUUACUCUAUUUCUAUGUUUUCCCCUCUUUUAUGUUGUUAACUGGGAUUUAAUUCACAUCUCUUACUUCAACUCCUCAUCAUAACUUUGGAUUUAGCUUUGAACUUUGUUUCUAGUUUUAUGAGAUAUGGUAUCACUGUGUUUGCUUCAAA